GUCACUCUGCCAGCUGUUGGAGAAAGAGAGAGCCGAAGAAAGACUUGGAAUAAAAGCGAGAGACGGUUAAUUAAUUGAUUCCAAGUCGGGUCUGAGCAAUUCUUCGCAGAACACAGCAAGAUGUCGAAGUUUCUGGGCGUGCCGCUGAAGAAGCCUUCGGAGGUGGACGUGGUCAAGCCGCUGAACAACCUCAUCCAGAGCACCUACAAUGGGGCGUCGGAGGAGGAGAAGGCCAAGUACGCAGAGGCAGUGAAUGAGUUUUCUAAACAACGCAAUACGGCGAUUUGGAAGUUCUUCGAGAAGUACGAGGCGUCGCUGGAGGUGGUUUAUGCCUAUUAUGACCAGAUCUGCGCUUUGGAGACCAAAAUAUCGGUUAGCGAACUCCAGAUACCCUUUAAGUGGAAGGAUGCCUUUGACAAGGGCUCCAUUUUUGGCGGCAAGAUCAGCCUCACGCACACCUCUUUGAUGUACGAGAAGGUCUGCGUGCUAUUCAACAUCGCCGCCCUGCAGAGCAGUAUAGCGGCAAACCAGGAGCUGGACACGGAUGAGGGCCUUAAGUUGGCUAUCAAGCUGCUCCAGCAGAGCGCCGGCAUCUUCCAGUACUUGAAAGGCGCCACCCCGGCAGCAGUGCCUUCGGAACCUACACCCGAUCUUAGCCAGGAUACUCUGAUCGUUCUGCAGGCGCUGAUGGUGGCCCAGGCCCAGGAGGUGUUUAUCCUCAAAGCCAUCAAAGACAACAUGAAGGAGCAGAUUGUGGCCAAGCUGUGCUGCCAGGCUGAGGAGUUCUACGCGGACGUGUUGCGCGCCAUGCAGAAGGAGUCCGUGCGCAGUCUGUGGGAAAAGGAGUGGAUUCCCACCAUUGCCGGCAAGCAGGCUGGCUUCCAUGCCCUCACCCAGCUGUAUCAGAGCCUUGUGUGCCGCGCCUCCAAGAAGAUUGGCGAGGAGAUCGCCCGCCUGCGCAACUCGGUCGAUCUGUUCAAGGCUGCUCAAUCGCGCGGUGGAAACGAGACCUACUUGGACGAGUACUUCAGCCGCGCCAAGCGCAACCUGGCCGAGUCCACCAAGGACAACGAGUUCAUUUACAAUGAGAUGAUCCCCGAGCUGAGCACGCUGGCUUCGCCGGGUAAGGCCCAAUUGGCCAAGCCGCUGCCCAUCGCACAUCCCCUGGCGGCCAACUUUAAGGACAUCUUCGCCGCACUGGUGCCCGUGGAGCUGCACCGCGCUCUUACCGCUUCCGAUAUGCGUCGAAACGAGAUUGUCAACGUGGAGAUUAUGAAGCUGCGUGAGUCCACACAGACGCUGAACGCCGUGCUGGCCAGCUUGAAUCUUCCGGCAGCCGUGGAGACGGCCGAUGGCAACAGUGGACUGCCACCAUCGCUCAAAGAUAAGGCCACAGAGGUACGCGAGAAGGGCGGCAUCGAGAAUGUGCAGACGCUGCUCAAGGAUCUUCCCGAGCUGCUGAAUCGCAACCGCGAGAUCCUGGACGAGACGGAGCGUCUAUUGGACGAGGAACGGGACUCUGACAACCAGCUGCGGGCGCAGUUCAAGGAGCGCUGGACGCGCAUCAGCUCAGAUAAGCUGACCGAGAUGUUCCGCACCAAUGCCAAGAAGUACCGCGAAGUCAUCACCAAUGCCAUCGAGGCCGACAAGGUCGUGCGCCAGAAGUUCGAGGCCAACCAGAAGGGCAUCCAGCUGCUGUCGCUGCCGCCAGACCAAAUCCAGCAAUCACUGCCCUCGGCUAGCGGCAGUGUGGAUCCCAACUGCUCCAGCGUGCAGCGUCUCAAGAAGCUGAUGGAGGAUGUGGAGACCAUCAAGGCGGAGCGCGAGGCUGUAGAGUCGGAGCUCAAGGGGGCCACGUUCGACAUGAAGGACGAGUUCUUGCUGGCCCUGCAGAAGGAUGGGGCUAUCGAUGAGCCCGCUCUGUCCUUGGCCCGCAUUGGCCAGGUGCUCAAUCCGCUGCAGCAGCAGGUGCGCGAGAGUGUGGAGCGCCAGAAGUCCUUGGUAGCAGACAUCCAGAGCGCCCACGGUGCCUUCGUCUCGGAAACUGGCAGCUGCGGUAGCUCGCGGGACACCUUGUACCAGGAGCUGGCCACCGCUUACGACAGCUACAUAGAGCUCUCCGGCAAUUUGCAGGAGGGCACCAAGUUCUACAACGACCUCACCCAGCUGCUGGUCGUAUUCCAGAACAAAAUCAGCGACUUUGUGUUCGCCCGCAAGACGGAGAAGGAGGAGCUGCUUAAGGAUCUGACCACGGAGUCGAGUCGCCAAGCCUGUCCGGCCACACCGGCCCUGCCUUCGCACUACGCCUCCACCUCGGGCAGUGGCAGCGAUAUUCCAGCAGGUGGCGCACCCAGUGUACCGCCAGCCACAGCUGCGGCCAAUGUUCCGUAUCCGGCUCAGGUUCACGGCAUGCCAGUGCCGUAUGGAGCCCAGCCGGGUAUGCCAUAUCCAGCCUAUGUCCCCGCUCCAAUGCCGCAGAGCUUUAAUCCUUACGCCACAUUGCCCUAUCCUGGAAACUAUCAGUACCAAGGAUUCCCGCAGGGGCCACCGCCAGGCCACUACGGCACGUACCCUGGCAGCUAUGCCAACCAGCAGGGAGGCUAUCCCAACCAGAAGCCACCAGGCUGGUAAAUGGCCCAGAUGCAUGUGCUCAGCUUAUCCGCCCAAGGGUCUAUCGCAUGGCAGAGCCUUAGAUCAGAAUCUGGAGAAGGUGGGAAGGCGAGAAGGAUGGUAUUCGGCAUUUAAUGCUCCUUGUUCUGGUUCUGUUUGAAAAUUGUAUCAUACAUGUUGAUGGCAUAAUGGAUUUUAAUCUCACAUAUUCAACAAUAUUAUCCCGUAUCACAGUAAACGUUCUUUCCUAGA